AUGAUCAUUUACAAAGACGUACCAUUAGUACAAUUAUCUACUACUAAUUCUUUUAUCAACCAUUUUAUAAUCAUUUUCUAUGAAGAAACUAAUAAUAAUAAUAAUAAUAAUAAUAAUAAUAAUAAUAAUAAUAAUAAUAAUAAUAAUAAUAAUAAUAAUAAUAAUAAUAAUAAUAAUAAUAAUAAUAAUAAUAAUAAAAUUGAAACAGGACAAAGACGAACCUUUUCUGUGCAGAACGGAUUGAUUGGUGAGAUAUAA